AGUCGUAAUUUUGGAGAACUUGAUCCCACUUGUUGGUUGAGGCUGGUUUCCAGGGUUUAUUAAUUUGGUGAGAUCUGCGGAUGUUUAAGCUGCAAGACUAGGACUUCAAUUCUUGGAGCUCAUGUAGUUUGUCAGCAUCUCAGUGACUUGGUCUUUUACCUUGCACAUUAUGGAUGACACUUGUUGUAGUGGUGCUGAUAAUGCAAGCAUUGCCGUAUAUGAUCCAAGCAAAGAUCCAAAGAGGAAGGCCAAAUCAAAUGACGCUGGGUGGAAGUAUGGAUACUGGCCUGAGCUAGCGGACAGAAACCUAGUUAGAUGCAAUCUUUGUAAAAUAGAUAUCAAGGGGGGCAUUAAAAGGUUAAAGGAACAUUUGGUUGGUGGAUAUGUAGAUGUAGCUAAGUGCAACAAGACAACUGCAACGAUUGCUGCAGAGAUGCAUGCAGCUAUAAUGCGCAAUAAGAAGAGGAAGAAGGUUUUGGAUGAUGAUCAUGACCAGGAAGGAGAGUCACCUGUACAGGUUGAAGAGCAGAUACAGUUUGGUUAUGGUGGUCCCUCAAAUGAUCAGUCUCAAGCUUCUACUAGAAAUUUUCCAAGCUGUAGUGGUGCUGAUAAUGCAAGAAUUGUGGGAUAUGAUCCAAGCAAAGAUCCAAAGAGGAAGGCCAAAUCAAAUGACCCUGGGUGGAAGUAUGGAUACUGGCCUGAGUUUGCAGACAGAAACAUAGUUAGAUGCAAUCUUUGUAAAAAAGAUAUCAAGGGGGGCAUUAAAAGGUUAAAGCAACAUUUGGUUGGUGGAUAUGUAGAUGUAGCUACGUGCAACAAGACAACUGCAACGAUUGCUGCAGAGAUGCUUGCAGCUAUAAUGCGCAAUAAGAAGAGGAAGUUAGAGGUUUUGGAUGAUGAUCAUGACCAUGAAGGAGAGUCACCUGUAGAGGUUGAAGAGCAGAUACAGUUUGGUUAUGGUGGUCCCUCAAAUGAUCAGUCUCAAGCUUCUACUAGUAAUUUUCCAAGCUCUGGGACAGCUGCUAAGAAAAAGAAAGUUGUCAUCCAGCCACAACUAAGGGUUCCCACGGAUGCUUAUGUGAGGCAGACUCCUGAAGAAGUAGUGGCUGAGAGGCGGGAUGAAGAUCGUCCUACUCAAACUACAAUAGAGAACCGAUUUAGAUCAGCAGAAGAAAAAAGGAGUGUUGAUAGUCACAUUGCAGACUGGUUUUAUGAAUGUGGAAUUUCAUUUAAUGCAAUUAAGGCAAGGAGCUUUGAGGUGAUGGUUGAAUCCAUUGCGCAGUAUGGGUCAGGAUAUAUGCCCCCUACUUAUAAUGACUUGAGGGUGCCUUUAUUAAAGACUGCAAAGGAUAAAACUGUAGAUAUGAAAAAGAAAUAUGAAAUACAUUGGAAGCAGUAUGGGUGCACUCUCAUUUGUAAGGGGUGGACAGACAAAAGAGGAAGUCAUUUCAUUAAUUUCCUCGUUAAUUGUCCGGAGGGGACUUAUUUUAUGGGUUCUAUUGAUGCAUCUAGUUAUAUACAAGAUGCAAAUAUGUUGUUUCAGUUGAUUGAUAGCAAGGUUGAAGAAAUUGGGGAGGAUUAUGUUGUUCAGGUAAUUACAGACAAUACAACUAAUUAUAAAGCAGCUGGUACAUUGUUGUUGCAAAAGAGGACUAGGUUAUAUUGGACUCCUUGUGUAGCCCAUUGCCUUGACCUUAUGUUGAAGGACAUAGGCAAUUUGAAAGCACAUAGGACUGUAAUAGUGAAGGCCAGAAAUUUAACAAGCUUCAUCUAUAAUAACACAUGCCUUCGUGAUAUUAUGAGGGCCAAAACAAAUGGGGAGGACCUUGUGAUGGCUGUUGUAACCAGAUUUGCAACUUCAUUUCUGAUGCUUCAAAGCUUAUUAAAACAUAAGGAUGCCUUGAGGCAAUUGUUUGUGUCUAACGAUUGGAAGAAUUCUAAUUUGUCAAAGACAGAGUUAGGAAAGAAAGUGACUGAAAUAGUGCUUUCUACUACAUUUUGGAAUGGUUUGCAAGAUUGUCUUAGAGCAUCACUACCACUUAUUGUUGUCUUGAGGCUUGUAGAUUAUGAGAGACCUGCCAUGCCUGAAGUUUAUAUGGCAAUGGAAGAGGCAAAAGAGAAGAUACGGAAAAUUUUUGGGGAUAAAGAAAGACUGUGGAAGAAGGUGAUAAAAAUUGUUGAUAGGCGUUGGGAGUGUCAGAUGGAGCCUGAACUUUAUAUGGCAAUGGAAGAGGCAAAAGAGAAGAUACAGAAAAAUUUUGGGGAUAAAGAAAAGCUGUGGAAGAAGGUGAUAAACAUUGUUGAUAGGCGUUGGGAAUGUCAGAUGGAGUGCCCAUUGUAUGCUGCUGCAUUGUUCCUUAAUCCUGCCAAGUUUUUUGAGUAUUGUGAGAAGGGGCCUGAUAAACUUUUGCUGAUACUGAGUCUACAGACUGCUUUUAAUGGAGUCAUUGCAAAACUAGUGCCUGAUGUGUCUAUUCAAGACAAGAUAACUAUUCAGGCUCUUGCUUAUAGACUUAGCCAAGGUCCUUUUUCUACGGAUAUGGCAAUUAGACAACGGAAAAUCUUGAAUCCUUUCAAUUGGUGGACAACACAUGGAGGUUCCGCUGUUGAGCUUACAUUGGUUGCACUGCGUAUACUAGGCCUUUGUUGCUCCUCUUCUUGUUGCGAGCUUAACUGGAGAACAUUUGAGUUUAUUCACACCAAGAAGAAUAAUAUACUGGAACUUCAACCUUUGAAUGAUUUAGUCUAUGUUCAAUAUAAUCGUCGUCUUCAAGAAAGGUCCCGAGAAAGGCGCAAGCAGUGUAGAAAUUUUGAUCCACUACAGCUUGAUGAGUUGGACUGGAGUAGUGAGUGGAUGGUUGGCCAGUCGAAGGAAGAUUUAGUCCAUCCCCAAGAUGAUCUCACUUGGGGUGAUGUUGAUAGAGCAAUUGGGGCAUCUACAUCAGUUGAGGGCCGCAAUCAACCAAGAAGAGCUCAAGCGUCAAUCAUUGGAGCUAAUAUCUGCUAUACACGCCGUGGUAGGAGGAGGGCUGUUAUUGAAGAAUCAUUAGAUGAAGGAGAUAUGAAAGAGGAGGAUGAUGUGAGUGAUGCUGACAGAUGUUGAAGAUAACUUUAGUCAGUAACCAACUGAUUCUAAUAGCUAGAUGUUGAUUUA